AUGGCCAAAUCUUUUUCAAAAGUCCUAAACUUCUUUGUCGACCACGAGUUGUAUACUUCUGAAGUGAAUAUACUCUACAACUACAAUGUCCAUUCGGUGGCCCAAAACCCCCGCAAACCCCCGCCCGAGAUGUCCGACAAUUACUUAACGAAUCACUUGUCCGGCGAACUCAAGCGUCUUCGGGAGUCGUAUUUGGAUCACAUCCUCGAGCUGUACCUCUUGGAGACCAACGGCAAUCUGAUCGACUUCUACGGCUUCCGGAAGCGCUUGACGGCCAACGAGUUGAUCCAAUACUUGCGAACCACAUCUCAGCACCAGAACAAACCCCUUCCCGAAGACGAGAUCUCGGAACUGAUUGGACUCAAGUCGUCGCUCGAUGUCUCCCAUCAGAAACAGUCGGACAGUACCGUCGCUGUCGGCGCCGACCACUCAUUGCCGUCGACGCCCACCACCGCUGCCGGCGCUCAUGGCUUCGCCAUUGAACACCACAUGCCCUCCGGGUUGCCGCCCACGCCAUCCACACCACUGUCGGGCUCACAAUCGGCUGAUCCAACGACGCUCUCUUCGCCUACGUUACCGAAAACGAGUCAAACGUUGACGACAGCGAUGAUACCGUCGACGCCAUCGGCUGUACCCACGCCUUCCAAUAGGACGGCUGGCAAUCAGUUGAUUCCGGGAUCCCCUCGACCGCCAAACACGCGAAAUACGACACUCGCGUCGACCAUCUCUGCCAUCUAUGACACGUCGAUCGGAACGCAGGACCAGAUCGUAGAGAAGGCGCGACAGGAGGCGUAUGUCGUCCAACGCGUGGCUGAGCUCCGGAAGAACGGCUUGUGGUCGGGCCGUCGACUGCCCAAAGUUCAGGAGCCGAUGCGCCGCAAAACUCAUUGGGAUUACCUCUUAGAGGAGAUGCAAUGGUUGGCCACGGAUUUCGCGCAGGAGAGGAAGUGGAAGAAGGCUGCGGCCAAAAAGUGCGCCAAAAUGGUUGUCAAAUACCAUUCGGACAAACAGUGUUUCGCCGAAAGAGCCGAACGCGAAGAGCUCUUAAGGAUGAAGAAAAUCGCGUCAAAUAUCGCAAAACAGGUGAAAACGUUUUGGUCGGACGUCGAAAAGGUAUUUGAAGCGAAACAAGAGGUGCGGCUGAAGGAGAAGCGCAAGAAAUUACAUGAUAUGCACCUCAACUUCAUUGUCGAUAAGGCCGACAGAUAUACGGAACGAUUGACGCAAGAGUUGGGCAAAACUCUGUCCACAACCAGUGAUAGUGUGACCGAAGAAGCCGUUGAAGACAAUGAGUUCCAACCGGAAAACAGUGAGUCCGACGACGAAGAGACCAUCGCUAAGGAGGAGGAAGAGGUUGGCGUCGGAGACGGCGUCUCAGAGAUAGAGUUAUUACAAAAAGAGAGUGAAAUACCUCUCGAAGAUCUGUUACCAAAGGAGAUAAUGGAUGGUUCGGUGGACGAGUCGGUCGUUGAGUUCGGCGAUCGCGAAGAUCUCGAGUUUAAAGUGUCGGACGAAGAGCUCGUUGAAGACGAAGAGGACACCAUUGAAGAGGAGGAGAAGAUUGAAGGAAAGGUCGACCACUCGUCAGAACUUAAAGAUCUCGACGAAGACAUGAAUAUUCCCAUCGAAGAACUGUUGGCCAAAAUGUACGGUUCGGCCGAUAAGAGUGAGUUAGACAGCGAUGACGACAUGGAGUGCGAUGACGAGGAAAGCGAAGUCGGAGACAACACCACUGAAUGCGAGGAAGAGAUGUCCGAUGAGGACAUGUCAACGGAAGAAGAGGCCGGAGAGAUAGGAAUGGAGUUUCUCAUCAAUCCUGACGCCAACGAAGCGAUUAAUAAGCCUUUAAUUGAGGAAAUCAGUGACGACAAGAGUGCCAAACCGACUGUCGGUCCCAAUCGCGAGAUCACAGAUAUCGCCGCCGGUGCUGAGAGUCUUCAACCCAAAGGCUACAACUUAUCGACAGUGAAAGUGUGCACAAAAGUGCCGUUUUUGCUCAAACACGAGCUCCGGGAGUAUCAGCACAUAGGUCUUGACUGGUUGGCCGCCAUGCAGGACAAGAAACUCAAUGGUAUUCUCGCCGAUGAGAUGGGUUUGGGAAAGACUAUUCAGACGAUCGCACUGAUCGGACACCUGGCCUGUGAAAAGGGCAUUUGGGGCCCACAUCUCAUUGUGGUACCCACCAGUGUUAUGCUUAACUGGGAAAUGGAGUUCAAGAAGUGGUGUCCAGCGCUCAAAAUAUUGACAUAUUAUGGAAGUCCUAAAGAGAGAAAACUUAAACGACAGGGUUGGACGAAACCGAAUCAGUUCCACGUGUGUAUCACAUCAUACAAACUGGUAAUCCAAGACCACGCGUCCUUCCGGCGCAAGAAGUGGAAGUACUUGAUCUUAGAUGAGGCCCAACACAUCAAGAACUUCAAGUCCCAGAGAUGGCAAAUGCUUCUCAAUUUCAACACAUCCCGCAGACUACUGCUGACGGGAACGCCUCUGCAGAACAAUCUGAUGGAGUUGUGGUCACUGAUGCACUUCCUGAUGCCCAACGUAUUCCAAUCGCACAAAGAAUUCAAAGACUGGUUCGUGAAUCCGGUCACCGGAAUGGUUGAGGGCAACAGUGAGUACAACGAGGGUCUCAUCAGACGUCUGCACAAAGUUCUGCGACCUUUCCUAUUGAGGCGAUUGAAAUGUGAUGUCGAGAAGCAAUUGCCCAAAAAGUACGAACACGUGGUUAUGUGUCGGCUCUCCAAAAGGCAGCGCUUCCUAUACGAAGAGUUUAUGUCUCAGAGGAAAACCAAAGAGACGCUUAUGUCUGGAAACUUCUUGAGUGUUAUCAAUAUUCUGAUGCAAUUGCGCAAAGUCUGUAAUCACCCGAAUCUGUUCGACCCGCGGCCCACUGUCUCGCCAUUCAUGGCUGAGCCGCUCACAUACGAAACCGCGUCUCUCGUCACCACAGCCUUAGACUACGACCCCUUCAGUCACGUGAACCUGCGUUCACUGAAUUUGGUGUUGUCUGACCUGUCGUUCACGUUGAGUGCGUUCGCUCACCACAGGAUCGUUCGGUUCAUGUCGUCCCCCGAACUCAUCCAAGAGAUCGACUCGACGCCCGAACCCCCGCCCCCUUGUCCGCGCGGCAAAAUACGGCUUCAAAUCAGAACCUCUACAAUGCAUUCCGCGAACCCGUCCUCAUCACAAGCCUCCUCGCCCUCAACGCCCGCCAAUCGAAACACUGAACAAAAGUUUUUAAUGACAUCCACUUCAUCCAAGUCCACCACCACUACUACCUCAUCCACUGAUGGCAAUCGAGUUGCCAUUCCAUUGGGCCGUUUGGUGCAAACGCCUACCGGUCCUCACAUUCUGUUGAGAACAUCGACCGGAACUCCCAUCUCAUCCACUAUUCCUCAGUCCAUGGUUUCCAAACAGAGUCCUAUGAGACAAAUCAUUGUGCGCGCCGUCUCUCCCAAUGUUGUCGGUGUUGCCAACAGUCAAGACUCAGUCAACCCUCUAAGCCGAUCGGCGUCCUCUUCAUUCCGAAAGCAGUCAUUAGUAUCCAAACAGUCGGCCGAACGUAAAGAAAAGCUAAGCUUUUUGUCGCGUCUUAAUCAACGCAAGUGUUGCGCCACUGCUUUGUACGCCUCCGACCUGAUAGAGGUCUCGACCAUCAAUGACAGCUACAAAUACCUGACGAAUACCGUUCCCUUCGGCUCUAACGUGUUUAACAUAGGGAACGGAUAUUUACAUACAUUAUUAGCGCCCAAUACUAGUGAACACCGAAAACACUUUUGGAAGUUUACGGACGCUUUGAGUGACUUAAUCAAAACGCCCGACAAAAUAGUCGAAGAUCUGAAGGAAAUGUUGACCCGCUUUAUAUGUAUAGUUCCGCGCGUGAUGUCGGCGCCCAUACGACUGCACGCCUCCCAUAUGCCCCCCUCUAAGAAGGCUCACAUCGAAGCCUUGAGUUCUCGACUGAGUCGUCAUUUGUUGGACCGGUUGGACGUCUUGCAGAUACCGUACUCUCAAAUGCGGACCCAAUUCCCAGAACUGCGACUCAUUCAAUACGAUUGCGGAAAACUGCAGAUUUUGAACGAUCUGUUGUGGAGGUUGAAGACGGGUAGCCAUCGAGUGUUGAUAUUCACGCAAAUGUCGCGAAUGCUGGACAUAUUCGAGCAGUUCCUCAACCACAACGGGCACACAUACCUGCGUCUGGACGGCACCACCAAAAUAGAGCAAAGACAGGCCCUUAUGGAGCGGUUCAACGCAGACAAACGCAUCUUCUGUUUCAUUCUGUCGACCCGUUCGGGGGGUAUAGGAGUGAACCUCACGGGUGCAGACACUGUGAUAUUCUACGACAGCGACUGGAACCCAACGAUGGACGCACAGGCGCAGGACAGGUGCCAUCGUAUCGGUCAGACCAGAGAUGUGCACAUCUAUAGACUCAUUAGUGAAAUGACGAUCGAAGAGAACAUCCUGAAGAAGGCGCAGCAGAAGAAACUGUUGGGCAGUGUCGCCAUCGAAGGCGGCAAUUUCACGACAGCCUUCUUCAAGCAGAACGCCAUUCAAGAGCUCUUUGGCAUCGAUUUGCCUUCCAUUGAGUGCCCGACAGAGACUGUGGCGCCCAUUGCUGCUGCUGUAGAGGAACUGUCGCCCGAUAUACUCGACUCACAACUGGAACUGGCUUUGGGUACUGUCGAGGAGGCCAACGACGUGGCCGCUGCCAAAACAGCCGGCGCUGAAGCGGAAGCUGAGUUCGCAGAGUUUGACGAAAACAUUCCGAUCGACACCGAAAACAAAGAGGAGGAGAAAAGUCCUGAAGAAGAGAGAAUCGAUGAGAUCAUUGGACAGAUGACAUCUGUAGAGAAGUAUGCGAUGAAGUUGUUAGGAGUACUUCAGGAGUCGGUUUCCUUUGAACAGCUCAAACAGGCGGAGGAGGAGAUCGAAGCGCACAAACAGGAGUGGGAGUUGAGACGCAUUGAGGCCGAGAAGGAUGAGGAACGUCGGCGACAGGAGGCCAUGGAGGUGGACAGGGAGCCUAUACUGACGUGCCAUAGAGAGGACGCCUACAAUCAGGUCAAUAAACGGGCUAAUAGUAGAGCCAAUAAUAAUGCUUUGAAUACCAAUCAUAAUCGGAAAGUAAAUUCCAGUUUAAACCAAAAUGACAGUAAAGUUAAGGCUAUGAGUAAUGAUGUAAACCGACGGCAGCAACAGGUCUACAUAUCAUAUAAUGGUUUCGAGCAAAUGCCGAUAUGGGCGCCCCCGACACCACCGCAAGAUGAGAACGACCUCUACAUCGACUACUCCCUCGGCUUUCUAUACGAACAAAACCCAAUGCCUGAGUCACAGUUACCGCCCAUAUAUGUGCCCAAAGAGUCUAAUAAGAGACUCAAAUUGGACACUACUAUCGCCCGCAAGCAAAAGGCUCGCAAAGAGGAGGGAUUCAAUAUCCCGCGCUCUGUGUUCGACAGGCCGUCCACUGCUAUCAUUAAGAUCCGUAGGGAACUCAUACUCCAGAAACUUAAGAUAGUGGUCGUGACCGGACCCGAGAAUGCGGCCAUUCAUAGGACUCUGAGUUCGCUGCACCCGAGUGUUGCUCUGCCUCCGAGCGGACCCAUCCCGGCGCCCGUCCAUAAGGCGGCACAAGUAUUCAGUGGUCCCCUACAGGACUCGAUACCCAAGUGGGCUGUUCACGAGGACUGGGCUGUGCUGCAGGUCUUGCAGUACUUCCAGGACUUGCCAUUGAAUUUGGUGGUGAUAUCGCCCGGCCAUCAGCCCAAUUGGGAUCUGGUGUCGGAUGUGGUGAAUCUCAUUAGUUGUAACUAUCGGUCUCCCAAACUGUGUCGCUAUCACUACGAAGUAGCCAUUGUUCCCCGAGAAGAGGGCAAACCCGUCACCGACACCUCCACUCCUAAACCAAAGCAAAAGAAACUGAAAGGAUUACCCACACCUCCCAAUACCUCGGGCCCCACUAGUGGGCCACAGGCGGUGUCCACGCCAUCCACCAGUAUUACUAAAGCAAAUACGACGACCCCUUCGAGCCGUCCCAUCAAAACCAGUCAAUUGAUAGUCGAAGACAACAACUUAACGUUCAGUCAGUUAUGUAACCAAAGAUUUGAAACGAUUAAACAAAUCGCAAACAAACGGACGCCAACCCUGAAGCACAUGUUCACGAACCCGACCGCAAAGAAUCCCAAACACAUCGCUCUGUUGUCCGAAAGUGGCAUCAAUUUCGAGCAGCCGUUGACUCCGAUCCAAGUGGCCGUCAAUCGCGCGGAACGCAUAUCGCGUGAGAAGCAGAAAGCGAUGGCUGAACAGCAGUUGGCGGCCCGACAGCUGCAGCAACAGAUGCAACAAAAGCAACAACAGAGCACUCAAAUCAAGACAAUCCUCUCGCAAAACACUAACAUUCAGACAUCGCAGCAACAGUUGACGCAAGCGAUCAGCGCCAAGAUGUCGGCCAUAAACCAGGCGACGAUCACUAAAGGUGUGGCCCCGGGACCCACUACUAUGGCUGCGCCUAAUGUCACGGCCACUGCUGUCAGUCAAUUGAGUCUCAAUAAAGCGUUAUCUCAAGUGGGCGUCGGUUCGCAGCCAUUGCCUCAACCAAUACUCAGUCAAAUCAAUGUAAGCCCACAACAGAUCGGCUCCACGACUAUCACCAACAAAGAUGGCACUCAACAAACCUGUUCUGUGGUCUCGUUGGCUACACUCCCACCUCAGGUACACUCGAAGCUCAUGGCAGCCGUGUCUCAACCUGUCAAUCAGAUCCAAAGCCAUCAGAUUGGCAGUCGUAUGGCUACAGCUAACCCACAAAUAUAUAAACAAAUAUUUCUUCGUCAACAACAGCACGUCCAGAGACAGCCUCAGCCCCAACACAUCCAAAUGCAGGCCAUUCCCACCCAAACCGCCAAACAAUUGCAGCCAAACAUUGCUGUCGGACAACAGCCGCGCUUCCAGAUUACGGCGUCUGUCGCUCAGCCACAGCCCACGCAACUGCUGAUCGGUUCCGCGGGUUCUGUCGGUUUAAAGACAUCCCAACCCAAUGUUGUGACAACCCUUCCGGUGGCCGUUUCCAUGGCUGGAGGCCCGCAGAGGAUCACUACAACAACCUCUCAAAUCACGGCUUCUGUGGCGCAGUCCUCUGUCCAACCGACACAACUGCUGAUCAAUACGGCAGGGCUUAAGACAUCGCAACCAAAUGUCGUCACAACACUUCCCGUUGCCGUCUCCAUGACUGGCGGUCAGCAGCGUAUGAUCACUACAACAGCCAAUCAGCUGAACGCUUCUAUGGGUCAGCAGUCCGUACAGCCGACGCAACUGCUGCUCAAGACAUCGCAGCCAAAUGUGACUACACUUCCGGUCGCUGUUUCGAUGGCUGGCGGCCAACAGCGGAUCACUACAACCACCUCAACAACCGGUAAACCUAUGCAGCAGAUAGUGACGCGAACCAUAACAGACCCUGCUCAGAUGGCUCGCUUGAUCCAACGCCAGCAUCAGUUGCAGCUGCAGCAGGGGUCCGGCAAUUUAGGCCAAACCCAGAUCCUGGUGCAACAGUCGCCUUCACAAGCGGCCCAAUCGUCACAAUCUCAGACACAAAUACUUCAAAAUCCGGUCACUUUUGUCAAGACUAUCCCAUCAUCGCAAGCGUUGGCCACACAGUCACUCACUAUUCCCAUCUCAAUGGCGGGAAUGAAUAUAUUCACGUCACCCGUCGCUAAAGCCGUGUCGCCCACAGCGUCCACGAGCGCCACCACCAGUGCGUCCGUGACUGGGGUCCCGGGCGGACAACAGCCUGUCCGACAAAUCCAGUUAUUGCAGUUGAGGCCAUACUUUAAGGCCAACUCCAACACCGACACGAAUAACAAGAAAUAACUUCACAAUGUAUUAAAUGUAUUCAUAAACGACACGAAAUAUGUUAUUAAUAUUACAUCUCAUGAAAUAGUUUAUUGUUUUGCAAUUCAAUGAUAAAUUAAUAUUUGAGAAUAAAAUUGUUUAUAAUUGUA